AUGUCGCUAUUAUCGUAUGCCUCAAUGGCAGUAAGACGUCUGGUAGCUUUACAAAUACCUACCAAGUGUAAAACGUGUAUCAAUAACAUAAAACCGGCUACCUACAGUUCUGUUACAACUAAAACGAUUCAUGAUGUGAAUACGAACGUUAUAAAAGACGUAAUAUUGUUUAAGUACGAAAAUCCUAAAUUUUUCGUGUACAUGAACUUAUUUGCCAUACUUCAGUAUGGAUUUUGGACGUAUUUAGGGCUUUUUGCGUUUACUACAUUGAGAGAUGCGCCUGUUGAUAAAUCUAAAAUUGACGACGACACGCCAUGGUACAGACGAAUAAAUCUUGGAGAAAAUAAGUAUAGGAAUACUUUAGGAGCUGUCUCCGUGUUGAUAGGCAGUGGCUCUCUCUUCAUGAUAUGGAUGUAUACCCUACGCUCAGUCCGCUAUCUAAUUCUGAAUAAAGGUGGCAAGCACUUGACUAUUGUGUCAUACACACCGUAUGGUAAAAAUCGUAUGUUUAGAGUGCCUAUAGAAAAUGUCUGUUGUAAAGAAACUAGAAACGCUGCAAAAGUACAGCUGCCAUUAAAAAUUAAGAAUAAAUUAAUGCACUAUAUGUUGGAUAUGAGAGGGGAAUUUAAAAACGGUUUGCUGUUUGAUUGUACUGCUGGAUUAAAGAGAAAGUUUUAA